GAGAUACAACAAUUUUUUAACAAAAUGGCAGGAAGCUGGCAGUGUUGCCAAACAAAUUGAACGAUUAAACGCAAUUCGGCCUAAAAUGACUAAAUAGAGCCUGUUAAGCUUUAGUAGUGACUACAACAAGCAGUAUUCAUGUCUAGUCAAUUAAAGUUGUCACUAGGACACAACCCACUAGGAGUGGAGCAGGGAUCCAGGAAUUUACUAGUGCAUGCUAAUCUGACUACCACCCCAGGGAUUGAUCCCUCACCAGGAAAUGAUACCCCUCUGCCAUCCUUCACCCUUUCAGAGCCAGUCUGCCAAGCCAUUCUGUAUGAUGAUAUUGGAGAGUCAAGAGUCAGAGUGUGGGACCUGAUCGUUUUGAUUCCAAACAUUUUUUUUCUCGCGUUUCUUCUCUACAAAUCAAAAUCUGCCAUAGCCAAGUUGAGAAGUACCAGCAGUCCAAUAUUUACAGCCUUUUAUGUACUGGUGUGUUUAGUGGCCCUGAUCAGUGUCCUGAGAUGUGUGGUGUCUAUGACAGUCAAUGCCUCUGUUCUGGCUGGUGAUAUUGCAGACAAGGUUCUAUGGUUGGUCCUGAGAUUCUUUCUUCUUGCCACAGAAAUGUCCAUUAUUGUGUUUGGCCUAGCAUUUGGACAUUUAGACAGCAGGAAGUCGAUACAGAGAGUGUUGUUAGUGACGUCAUGUGUAGCUCUAUUAUAUUCCUGUACACAGGGCACACUAGAAUUUGAGUAUCCAGACCCACAGUUCCACGUCGAGAAAGGUAUCAAUCAAACGUAUCAGAACUUCGACAUCUUCGCUCAUGGGGGAAUGAUUUUCUGGAUCACCAGUUCCCUUAUAUUCUUUGUUGUGUACAUUAUAAUAUUCAUUUUACCAUGGACUAGUCUUAAAGAAAGGUGGUCACUUCCACCUAAGAAGUCAUUUUACCGCUAUGCCGCCUUUUUAGCUCUCCUAAAUCUGACACAGGCCGUGGGCAGUGGAUUGCUGUAUGGAGAAAUUCAGCAGGGAAUGUGUAUUAUUGAUUUGACGUCGUACAUCUAUUUCACCUGCUUCGUGCCGCUGGUUUAUCUGGUGUUCCUGAGAAAAUUCUUUAUGCACACCCAGCCCCGGAUACUGUUCUCAUACAAGAGUCAGGUGGACGAAGCGCCGGAGGAUGACACGGUCAGCAUGCCGUACCAAACGAACGUCCAAAAGUCCGAGGACACGGAGAGCAUAAACGUCAGCUUCGACAGUACACACUUCGAUCACCAUUCGGGGUCGUAUUACACGAGGCCGUCACUACUUCCCAACGGCUCCAUUAAUGCCACGGACCAGGAUAUGGUACCAACCAGUGAUUACUACCAGGCCUCAGCGUAGGGCCAUGUCGAUGCUUGCUUCAGUGAUAGUCGUGCAGUAAAUCGCUGUAGUGCGGUACAGACAUUAAGUUGUGAUAAGCGUAGUAACACACUGAUACUCUGAAUUCUACACUACAUUAGUUUGGUACCACUACUUAAGGUGCUCUCAGAUCCUUCAGACUGUGAAAAUAUAGGUAUCUAUAUUUGUGUGUAUCUCAAGGUUACAUUGUGUGAGGUCAUGUGACUUUAUACUAAAGAGCUUUAUAAUUGUAUAGGUUAGUUAUCUUAUUAAAUGGUUACUGUAAACAUGGAAAUUUAUUACCCUAAAUACGCGAUUACAAUUUAUUACGUGUGGGGGUUAAUAACACUAAAUAUGCGAUUAUAAUUUACGUGUGGGGGGUUAUUUACACUAAAUACACGAUUAUAAUUUACAUGUGGGUUUUUUUUACACUCAGUAUGCCUCUACAGUUUACGUAUGGAUGUUAUUUAUUCUAAAUAAGCAAUCACAAGACUCCCAUGUAAAUUACCCAGGGCAUAUGCAUACUAUUCCCAUAGUUGAGCAAUUUAUCAACUAAAGAUACUGACAUUGCAUAAUUAAACACUACACAUGUGGUCUGCAAAAGGAAAUGCGCGUAAUUAACAACACACGGCAAUAUUCAUGUGCACAGUAGUUUAUUUUUUCACUGAAUGAUGUGGAUAACUUUCUCUUGAUGAAAAGAAUAUUAGAUUAAUGUUUUGCAUUUUCUGUUUUAUCUUCUCAGAUUAAUGUUUAAUUUAUUGUGUUAGAAAACUGUUUAUUUGCUGUGCAUGGAGUUUGAUUGUAAUUAGCAUAAAUGUUAUUUUAUCUACUUGUAAAAAGUUGGUCUUUGAUUUUUAAUUGAGACUCAAAUGAUCUGAGUCUGUUUUUGUUUGAUUUUGUAGGAUUUUUGAUUAUUGAUAAAUGAAGUACUUUGGUUUGUUAAAUGAUAUCAUAAUGAUAAAUUGAUGAUAAAAGCAAGAAAAACUUUUGAAUCUCAAACAGCAAAUUUGUUAAGACUUUAAUGUUUAUUUCUUCUAUAGUCAUGUACCACCACAGAUACUGCCUGAACUUAUUGGAAGUCGUAAAACUUUUAAAAAAAACUUCAACAUGGUCGCUAUUCUAGUGAGAAUAAACAUGUUUAUGGUCAUACCAUCUGGCAGGUGCCCUACAGUAAUCACUCGGUCUGUCCAUCAGUACUUUCUAUGACAUGCAAUAACUUAAUUUUCCUUGGGAAGAAUUUCAGAAAUUUUAAACAUCAUACUUUGAUUAGGCAGUGGAAGACCCAAUUCAAUUUUUUACAUUUAUCACAGGACCCUUUCUGUCUGGAUUGUUGAUCUUCUGGUUCUCAGAUAUAUUGCAGUAGAAUAUUUUUACAACAAAAUGAAAUCCAGAUUAAUGAUCUUGUGUCAACACACACACCCCACCCCCCACCCCCCCUCAAUAACCCACUCCAAAAAAAAUUCAAUUUUCAAUCUGACAUUAGACAGCUCAGGUGUGCUGUUUAAUAUUUUGUUGUGGGAACAGCUCGGAAUCUCUUAAGGUAUCAAAGUCAACAUGUAAGCAGAGAAGGGGGGAGGGGUGUAACUCUGCAUCUAUUCUGAAUGUGACUUAUUUAAAGAGAAUCAUUCAGUUUUAGUGAAUUAAAUUUUAAUGAUUUUGGCACUUGUUAUUAUUGAUCCUUGAGAAACGACCUUGGGGAUUAUAGAAUUUGGAUUCAGUUUUCAGAGAUUUCUGCUUUGGGUAGAAAAGCUUCAUAGUUUAAUUCAAGUGUCUCUGGUCAAAGGGUAGAUAACUCAGAUAAACAUCAACUGUGUGUUCACUGUGGGUUUUUUGGUAUGAAAUGUUAUUGAAAAUAAAAUGAAAAUUGUAUUUUUGAUGUACAUUCAGCUUUAGUUGGAGCUUUGUAUAUGCAAAUAUAUAUGUUGGAGUAUAUAUAUCAAAUUACACAAAGAAAUUCCAUAUGUGUAUCAACACAAAAGAACCGGGUCAAAAGGAAUGUUUUAUUUUAAAAGAUCAUUGGAAAAAUUUAAUUUUUAUAGACAUGUUUGUUUUUCUUUAAUAUAAUCCUAUGUUAAUUAUAUUAUUCAGUACUUUCUGAUGUCAUGAAAUAUUUGUGCAAUAUUAUCGUCAUGGACACAUUUUCAUAAUUAAAGGUUGUUUGCAUGU